UAUGCUGUGGAGAAGCAGCCCCCCCGAGGACCUCACAAUCAAAACAAAUCGACCACGCGUGCUUUUCCCGCAGCGAUGACGUCAUUUGGCCCCGCCCCUUUCCCCCUGCAAGUAAACAGAAAAGAGCGAGGGAAGCGCUCGUGCCAGCCGCCGUGACCGAGCUGGAUGCGAGAACUAUGCGCCGCGGCGUUAGAGACGGGCGUUGAUCUCUCUCCUCUCUCCUCCGCCAUGUGCGGGCUCCGCUCCUCGCCGCUGUCUCGUUCCGCCGCGCGAUGGUGAAGGGAGAGGCGGAAGUGAAGUCACUUUGACACCACCGUCCAUGUUAUUGUUGUUAUUUUUGGCAGGUCUGUGAUGAGACGUGCUGGGGAGCCGUUUGCUCUCCGAGACACCGAGCGUUCACGGUACCGCAGGCCGCUCCGGAACCAACGCCGCGCCUCGCCGCCACCGCUGCCGCCUCCUCGCUGACCCGGAGACAGGAGCCUCGCUGGCGGCUGGGGGGGAGGAGGAGGAGGAGGAGGAGGUGGUGGAGGAGGGUGGCGUGAAGACCCAGCUUCAGCUCGGCUCCUACGCUCCCAAAAAUAACACGGCGACGAAAUCAGCCCGAGACGCGGCUCCGGUUUGGUUCUGUCUGUAGCAGGAAGGUGCCGCCGCAGACAUGAACGGUAUCACCAAGAGCCGGUUCGAGGUGUUCUCAAACAGCGACGAAGCCCCGAUUAACAAGAAGCUCCCCAAAGAGCUUCUUCUCAGGAUAUUCUCCUAUCUAGAUGUGGUGACACUCUGUAGAUGUGCACAGGUGUCAAAGGCGUGGAAUGUCCUGGCGCUGGAUGGCAGCAACUGGCAGAAGAUCGACUUGUUCAACUUCCAGACAGACAUAGAAGGCCGAGUGGUGGAAAACAUUUCGAAGCGGUGUGGAGGCUUCCUAAGGCAGCUUAGCCUCAGGGGCUGUCUGAGCGUCGGAGAUGCUUCUAUGAAGACAUUUGCUCAGAACUGCAGAAAUAUCGAAGUGCUCAACCUGAACGGCUGCACCAAGAUCACAGACAGCACCUGCCUCAGCCUCAGCAAGUUUUGCUCCAAGCUCAAACAGUUAGAUCUCACCUCCUGCGUGUCCAUCACCAACCACUCCCUCAAGGCACUCAGCGAUGGCUGCAGAAUGCUGGAGAUGUUAAAUCUGUCCUGGUGUGACCAGAUCACACGUGACGGUAUUGAGGCCCUGGCUAGAGGUUGCACUGCUUUACGAGCACUUUUCCUCAGAGGCUGCACGCAGCUGGACGAUGGCGCACUGAAGCACCUACAGAAGCACUGCCCGGAACUGACCACCAUCAACAUGCAGUCCUGCACACAAAUUACAGAUGAAGGUCUGGUCAGUUUGUGCCGGGGAUGCCACAAGCUGCAGAUCCUCUGCAUAUCCGGCUGCAGUAAUGUCACUGAUGCCUCUCUGACUGCACUGGGACUUAACUGUCCUCAACUCAAGAUCCUUGAGGCGGCACGAUGUUCCCAUGUUACUGAUGCCGGGUUCACAGUGCUUGCAAGAAACUGUCAUGAGCUUGAAAAAAUGGACCUCGAAGAAUGUAUCCUGGUGACCGACAACACCUUGGUUCAGCUGUCAAUUCACUGCCCAUGGCUGCAAGCACUGUCCCUGUCCCACUGCGAGCUGAUCACGGACGACGGCAUCAGAGCUCUCAGCAACAGCACCUGUGGUCAGGAGCGCCUCAGAGUGGUGGAGCUGGACAACUGCCCCCUCAUCACCGACGUCACCCUGGAGCACCUGAAGAGCUGCCAUCGCCUGGAGCGCAUCGAGCUGUACGACUGCCAGCAAGUCACCAGGGCUGGCAUCAAACGCAUCAGGGCUCAGCUUCCGGAUAUCAAAGUGCACGCAUACUUCGCCCCUGUGACACCUCCUCCCUCUGUGCAUGGAGGUGGCCAGCGUCUGUGCCGCUGCUGUAUCAUCCUCUGACAAUGGAGGGCCAGAGGGGGGCACCUCUGUCUACAGGUCCUGCUGCUUUGAUAUGGGCUCCUGAGGGAUUGCACGAGGGAGGGACGGGGGAUUGGGGUAGGUGGUGAAGGAGAGAGGAGGGGCUGGACCCACUCAUUGCUCCUGAUCAUAGAUCAAUACAUGGACUUGUCUUCGCUGAUCCCUGAUCGGUUAAAAACCGCCCCUCCUCUCUCCUCCUGCUCACCAGUCAGCCCUGCAGCAGCGCAGCGGUUUGGAGAGGCUUAAAGGAAAGAGAUAUAAAUGGAUGGACUUUCUUUAUCUCUGUCUUGUUCUCUCCCGCAUCCAAUAAAGACAAAAACAGGUUCUCCACUCCAUAAUGAACCGUGAAUAUCCCGCCUUUCGGCGUAACAGACUGCAGUGGAACAUUGGAAACCCGACGCAUCAUUUUCAAACGGGGGGAAAAAAGAAAAAAAAAGAUGUUCUCAGCAUCUUGGACAAGUCGCACACGCCGGAGUAUCAUCUCAACCAAUCACGCGCCACCUUUAUAUGACCAUCCUGUGAUUCUUUCUGCUUCAGCCAACAGACGCGCAGCUCUGUGAGAGACGAGAGCCAGGAUGUGGCCCGAAACGCCGGUCUUGUGUGACGUAUAUCGGCGCCGAAAAAGCUCAAUUCUAAAGUGUGGAACACUUGGAACGAACAGGAAGCGCAACAAAACGGGACAUGACGUAUUUGUGCAUCUCAGAAACGUUCGUUGAGGUAUUGCUUCGUUUUGUACAGAGAAUGUUUUGCGACAUGAACAAAUACGAGAUUGACACCAACUCACUCAAAAACUGUGGAAAGGCCAGCCAACUGCAACUUUUUUUUUUUUUUUUUUUCAGUGCUUAUUGUAAUUGUCCAUGCCUGUCUAUUCAGAAAGAGACACACGCUUGUCUUUUUAAUGUAAAACAAAUGUUGCUGUUUAACAAAGAAGGACCUAUGAUGAGACCCUGAGGGUGAAAAAAAGAAAAAGCGUUUUGUUGACACUGCUUCUUGGAUGUGUGGCCUCUGUUGUUACCUGUGUGGUUCCGUUGGCUUGGAGGCUCGGGUCGAAUUCUGUCAGUAAGCCCUGUGAUCUAUCUCCUACUGGACCCCUGAGGCAUUUGUUUACAUUUCAGAUUAGGUUAGCACCAGAGGCUAGCCUGUUUACAUCAGAAGGUUUCCAGUCCCCGUUACGGAUCAAAGUGAGUCUUUUAUAGCUCAUUACGUGUGUGCAACUGCGUCUUACAGUUGAAGGGACUGUGAUGUCAAGUAUUCAGAUUUAUUGCUUUGCGUAUCUGGAUAUCAAUCAGGGCUUUGCUCAGUGGAACUGCUUCAAAAGUUAAAAGGAAAUUUCUAAAGAGGAUUGGGUAUAGAAUUAUGAGCAAAGACACCUUAAGUUUUUGACAAUCACAUAAAUGUAUUUAUUUGAAACUCUCUAGUAUAGUUCUAUGUAACUGUCACUUUACCUUUGUUGGAAGAUGUUAUAAAUUGGCCUGGAUCUUUAAAAUCAAUCUGUUUAAGAUGCAAAGCAAAUCCUUGUUAUGGUUAGAAUUCUAUACUCCUGAGGAAAUUUAUCAGAUUAAUUUAUUCGAUUAGCCACAGAGUUCCUGUUGUCACACUACAGAUGAUGCAAAACCUAGCAAAGUUAUACGUGAUUGCUGGAAAGUCCUAAAGUUGCUGGUUUAAUUUGCUUAGUUUGCCUUAAGAUCAACAGGAUCUCACCUUUUGUCUCACUAUGAUGGAUAUGAAAUCCAGCUACUUACAUUUUUCACCAUCUACAAACGAUUUUGUGAUAUAAUGCCACACUAGAAACUGGCAAAUGCUCUCUGUGCUUAAAGGCUUUGAGGAGAAGCAGGGCAGUGGGUAGGAUCAAAGACCUAGGAAAGGAAGAUUUAGAUUGAUACAUUGCUGGCAUGACUGGUUGUUAUACUAAUGUCCUCUGACAGUUUUAACGGUUUUAUGUUUAAGAAAAAUAAAUGAAUGGAAAAAAAAUAGACAAAUAAAUAAAGAUGACUAAUGGUAAA